CGCUUUCCGACCAUUGCGUAACUCAUUCAUCCAACACUCUUCUUGUUUGCUGGACACUGGCAUUGAAUUGUUUGCUACUGACUCUCACGCAUAGAAAUUGCACAGUCUUUUAAUCACUUGGAGAGCUUUGAGUUUCGAUCAGCAGACAUGGCAGCAGCAGCCAUUGGAUCGACAGUGGCGUUGCCGUUCAAUGACAACUUGGGCAACACUAUUCCUCCAGACACGCCGCAUGCUGUGAGCGUGUCGCUUCCAACAUGGAAGUCCAAUGUCGGAUAUGAGGAAGGCGAAGCAUGGGUCGUCGAUAAGAUGCAGUGUGGUUAUCCACGCUUCUUCAUACACAAGUCGAUCCAGAAGUUUGCACGAAGUAUUGUAGCUGCACAUGGCGAUGUCGAUACGGAAUACGCGAUGCUGAUGCCCUCGACACGAUGUGCCAUUCGCUGCAAGGACUUUAUCAAACGUCAGUCACCAGGUGCGGACUGCUCGACGAUUCGUAGCGUCGACUUUGUGCCCACACCAGAACAUGUAGCUGCACACACGACCAAGAUCCUGCCACGAGUCUCUGCUGUGAUCUAUCCUCAGACCUUGUGGCCGGCAGCAAAGGCCUUUUGGCAACACAGUGGCGAGGGCAUUUCCAGCCGACGAGCUGAGUUUUGCCAACGAGCUUUUGAUGAAGGCUAUCUCGUCGAUCAGUCUUCCCUCACGCGGCAACCACAACGCAUGUCCAAAGGUCCCAGGCGAUACCAGCAGAACACGUCUGUUGAUCUUGGAAACCCUACGAAUGGCCAGACUACGCCACCAAAGACGCCCCCGAGGUCCAAUGGUGACACCGCCCACACAAAUGGUGAAGACAUCUCCAACUCAGCAGAAUUUGUCGAGACGAGAUUUGGUCGAAAUUUGAGCAACGAACUCGCAGCACAAGCCAAACUCGCCAUCCGCAAGCGCAUCGCAGGAUCACUCAUAGCAGACGUGGAACUGCACGAAGCUCUUGAGAGAUCUCCGAAUCAAGCGACAGAAAGAACACGCGAUGUGCCGGGCUUCUCGGUUGAUGAUGUCUACCUCUUCGGAACAGGCAUGAAUGCUAUAUUUACGGCCCACCGUUCCCUUCUCCUAGCUCGUGGACCAGCGAAAAGCAUCAUGUUCGGGUUUCCUUACGUCGAUACCCUCAAAGUGCUAGAAAAGUUCGGACCUGGAGCACAAUUUUACGGCCACGCGGAUGCGAACGAUCUGGACGACCUCCAACGACGUCUCGAGAACGGCGAGCGAUUCCUUUCACUCUUCUGCGAAUUUCCAGCAAAUCCUCUCCUGAAGACGCCCGACCUCCUACGUCUGCGCUCCUUGGCAGACCAGUACGAAUUUGCUAUUGUCGUCGACGAAACGAUCGGAAAUUUCUUGAACGUCCACGUCCUCCCUCACGCCGAUAUUGUCGUCUCAUCUCUCACAAAGGUCUUCUCAGGCGACAGCAACGUCAUGGGCGGUGCCAUGAUCCUCAACCCCCGUUCAAAAUGGUACAACGCCCUCAAAGCCGUCCUCGGAACAGAGUACGAAGACAAUCAAUUCGAAGAAGAUUCCGUCUACCUCGAACGCAACAGCCGCGAUUUCGUCGAACGCAUUCGAAGAAUUAACGUCAACGCCGAAGCCAUCGCGGACGUCCUACGAUCCUCCCAAAAAGUCAAACAAGUCAACUACCCCAAAUACUCGCCUUCCAAGGCCAACUAUGAUGCAUGUCGGUUACCAGACGGCGGAUAUGGAGGUUUGCUCAGCGCAACCUUCCACUCUGUCGAGGAUGCCGCAGUAUUCUACGAUAAUCUCAAUACGCACAAAGGACCUUCGUUGGGGACAAACUUUACAUUAUCAAGCCCGUUCGUGCUGCUGGCGCAUUAUCUGGAACUGGAUUGGGCGGCAAAAUAUGGCUGCGAAGUCAGUCUGGUGCGGUUUAGCGUGGGAUUGGAAGAUCCGGAUCAAUUGAUCAAGGUCUUUCGCGCGGCGUUGGAUGCUAUACCGGAGAAGACAUCGUGA